UUGUGCCGGUCAUAUUUUAAUCACCGUUAGAUAGGGCAUCAACUCCAAACAAAAUAUCUUGAGUGGUCAAAGAGAGUAUUCUUUUCAAAAACACAUAAUUUUGAGGAGAAAAUCUCCCAAUUUGUGACAAUUCGAACGGUAGUUUCACAGGAGAGCUGAUAAUGGCGGGAAGGAAUCGUGUGCCUCGUGCUGCUUUCAAUGAUAGGCAUGGGCACCUCCCUGGGGGAAACAUUGUUCGGGGUCCUUUGUCAAGAUCACCACUACCUCAUCCUGCCAUUUUGGAGGAAGAAAUUGAAAUUCAGCGUGUUGAGAUUCGAAAGCUCUUUGAUGAUAAUAGAACACUUGCUGAAGAUCGGGUGGCUUUGCAGCGAGAGGUGAAUGCUGCUCGGGAGGAUAUUCAUCGCCUGAAUCUUGUUAUUUCUGAUAUUCGUAGGGAGCAUGAUGCUCAUUCGAGAGAGCUCAUUGAUCAAAAUUUGAAGUUGGAGGCUGGGGUUCGUGAGGCUGAAUCAUUCAAGAAGGAUGCCAAACGAUUGCGUUCAGAAGUUCAGGGUUUAGAAAAGAUACGACUAGAAUUAGGUGCACAAGUUGCGGCCUUCACAAAGGAUUUGUCUAAGCUACAAGCUGAGAAUAAGCAGAUUCCGCAUCUAAAAGCCCAGAUUGAGAGUAUGCAGCAGGAACUGAUGCACGCAAGAGCAGCUAUUGACUAUGAGAACAAGGCUAAAAUGGCACUUAUGGAACAGAAGCAAGCAAUGGAAAAUAAUGUGAUUUCUAUGGCACGUGAAGUUGAAAAACUACGGGCAGAACUCACUAGCAGUAAUGCCAGACCAUGGCCUACUGGUGCACCUUAUGGAAUGAAGCUUAAUAGUCCUGAGGCUGGCUAUCCUGGUCAUUAUGGAGAUCGCUAUGAUCCUCAUAUGGGUGCUGCUGAGAAGGCUCCUCUUUAUGGAUUGGGAUCUUCUGCUUGGGGUGGAGUUGAAAAGCGUGCAUGCAGAUGAACAAUUGAUUAUGGAUCUGCCAAGACUCUAGUGCUUUGCUGCUGUCAAAUAUAUCAUAAGGUUAUAAUUGGUAGAUUGAUAAGUCUAUAUCUAUUUGCUUGUUGGAUUAAUGGGCCUAGAAGGGAUCUAGAGUUUGUUGCUGAAAGUAUAGUGGACAUGUCACUGUUAUUUCCUAGUGUGUCAAUGCAGAUGGCUGUGUUUUAUUAUCAUUUAUUAUAUGGUUUCCGGUGUUUGAUUUUGUUCUUUUUUUAUAAAUUGGCAUUUUAAUUUGCUGUGUUUUCUCCUUGCCUAUCUAAGAUAUUACUUGGUGAUUAUGAUAAGAUAUACUAAUGAAAUUUCCUAUAGGUGUUUGUUGACAAUGUGGGGUUGGGACUCGGUUUUGUAAUUAGGGAAAUCCCCCCCUUUUUUUUUUCUUUUUUUUUUUUUUUUUUUUUUUUUAACUUAAGGGGUAUAGGAAAUUAUGAUAAGCUGGAGACUGGGAUGUAUUUAACAAAAUUAUACUUAGGGUGACAUGUAUUAUAUGGCAGACUUUGAAUUUGGAUAUUUUACAGUCCAUAUAGGGAUAUAAAGCAUCGGGAUUUUUCCUUUGGGUUUUGCAAAAUUUAUUUGCUGUUCCCAGCUUGCAAAGCAAAUAAGGGAAUAGAAAUUACUUGAUGAAUUUUGCAUCACUCAAUUCCAGUUGCAUCCUGUAAUGAACUAGUAAUUUGAAUAAUUAGUUCAUGAAGGGGUAAUUUAGGUAAUUACUAUGUUAGUGGUAACUUAGGCAAUAAAUUAGUAUUAAGAGGCAUUUUAUUAUAAAUAGGGGGCAUUAGGAAGUUAUUAAUCAUCAGGAAAAUCAGUAUAACAUUUGUUGGGUGGGUUUUACUCAUUUUAGGAGAUCUCAAGCUUUUCGAAGUGCUUGAUUUAUCUUUUGUUAUUUUGUAAUCAUCCUUUAAUCGUUCUUUGUUCAUUCAUUUUAUAAUACAAUUUCACUUUUGUCCUUUUAUUUGGUUGCCAUUUUUACUGUAUUAGUGCAAUUAAUCAGUUCAUAGCAAACAUGGCAUUAGAGCGGUACGAUUCCAGUGACCAAAAUCUUGUCGGAGAUGUCACAAGUCCAGAUGUUACAAAGGUAGCUAAUCUAGAUGCCUUUUUUUUGGGGGGGGGGGGGGGGGUGUUUGGAACUGAAAUUUCACCCUUAGAGAUGCUCUAAAUGGUUGUCCAAGAUAAUGUCAUUCACUUAUUCAAAUCAACCUCGAUGAAUAAUAUUUAUGAAAAAUGGGGAAAAGGAAUUUGUGAGUUUUGUGACGAACAGUUAGAAGAAACGGAACUUGCAGGACAUCAUUGUAGCCACAAGGCAUUUUCAAUGCUUUACCUCCAUGAAGGGAUGAAGGAUGAACUAAUGGUAAUUGUUUAUCAUGAAUCCGCAAAAGAAGAAAACACACAAAAAAGAACACAAACCAUAUCUCAGAAUAUGUAUUUCGAAAAGAACACACAUCUCAAAGAAAGAGAAGAGUUAACAGAACUGGAAAAUAAUGAAGAGUACACAAGAGUUAUGCAGAAGAGAAAGAAAGAAAAGAACCAUUCGGAGUUCAGGGACUACUACUAGAGAAGAAAAAAAUUCAGGAGGAAAAAGAAAACAAUAAAGAUAUGUGGAAAAAAAGAGAAAAAUAGGAAGAAGCAAAGCAUGAGGUUUCAAAAGAACAGGGUAAAGAAAAGGGGUCAGUAGGUCAAGGAGCUUGUGGUAGCACGUGGGUUAGGGCUUGGAGGCUUAACCGAAGAAAAGCUGCAAGGAGGUGGUUUGUUGAGCGCCCUCGACGCGUGGGAGCGAGAGAAAGAGAGGAGUAAAAGAAGAGAAAGCAGAUGGUAAAACAGUAGGGGUUGUCGGAGACCGUUUGUUUGAUGGAGACGUUGGCAGUAAGAGGAGAGGGAAAAUAGUGCAAGACAAAGUGAGUGCUGAGACCGACGGUAAACUAUGGCAGCUGACCAGUGGUGGGUAGUAUCACCGGAAAAUGUCGGUGGUAUGCCAACAAGAGUAAGAAGACAGUGACUGACAAGGGGGGUCGUGUGGCCAGAAAUUUCUGGUGGUGUCGGAUCCGAGAGAAGAGUAAAGGAGGGAGCUGGAAGCGGGUGGUGCAAAAUCUUGCUGGCCGACAGGUGGCAUAAGCAGUGAUAGAAGCUUGGUUUGCCGGCCUGAAGAAGGAGGCAGCAGCUGUAAGUUUUAAGGUUAGGGUUCUUGGGUUUUAAGGAGAGAGAAAGGGAAUGAAGAGGCAAGGAGGAGGUUUGUUUAGAAAGGGAAAUUUAGGGUUUGUUUUUAACCUCAAUGGUGAUGUCAACAAUGAUGAUAGGGAGGCUGGGAGGAAUGGAGUUUCUGAUGGGUUUUUUAAUUUUGUUUAAAAGUAAGCCAAAGUCAUUUUAAGCUUUUAACAUUGUGCAAAAUGGGGAAUUUUAAUGGUGGAAGGCCAAGCUAAUUUUUACCCACCUUGAGUGCAAGGUGGAACUUCAAGCGGUGGGUAUUGCAAUGUACUAGUAAUUUGAAUAACUAGUUUACGAAGGGGUAAAUUAGUUAAUUACUAUGUUAGUGGUAACUUAGGCUAUAAAUUAGUAUUAAGAGGCAUUUUAUUAUAAAUAGGGGGCGUUAGGAAGUUAUUAAUCAUCAAUAAAAUCAGUGAACAUUUGUUGGGUGGGUUUUACUCAUUUUAGGAGAUCUCAAGUUUCUCGAAGUGCUUGAUUUAUCUUUUGUUAUUUUGUAUCAUCCUUUAAUCGUUCUUUGUUCACUCAUUUUAUAAUACAAUUUCACUUUUGUCUGUUUAUUAUUUUGUUGCCAUUUUACUGUAUUAGUGCAAUUAAAUAGUUCAUAGCACAUACUUGCUGAUUGCAAACUCUAAUCCUGCAUGAGUAAAAACACUUUUGAAGUUCAUUUUCUCUUUUUCCAAAUAUACUAUCCAAGAUUAAUUCUUAUAAUUUAUGUAAAAUAAUUGUCACUUGCUCUUUUUUGUAAGCACUAAGAUAUUCUACUGCAAUUUGUGUUAUUGGAAACCCAUUGUAAGUAGCUUUUGCCUACUAUAUAUAGUGCUAGGCAGACUUAGAAUAUGCGACUCAUCUUGUUAUGGAAACUUUGUGUGGAGCUCCUCCCAAGCUUUUAAUCGGGCUCUUUCUUGUACUCAAGCUAUCUGUUCGAGUGUUAUGUCUACAUAGAUUCAUGCAAGAUAAAUGGUUGUUGAACUAGCUAGCGCUUUUGAGAACCGGUUAUCUACAAAGUCAUUUGCGUACUAUGAUAACUGGCAGCGUGGAAUCAAAAUCGGAAUUCUCUGAGAGGUUACAAUUUUUCAGGGUGUCAUAUGGCAGCUGUCCUUUUUCGGUGGAUAUUAAAUUUGUCAUCCAAAGUUACAGGGUGUUUUCGUUUACCGUGAUUGCAGUUCAUAUUUGUUUUGUUCAUAGUUUUGUUAUUGUUCUUUCGAUAGGUGAAGUUAAGAACUUGUGGAGAAAUCAUGCUGUGCUAGCUUUAUGUAGCAUGUUUCUACAGGAUAAUUCUGGCAAAGUACAGUAACAAUGGUUCCAGGGUUUCAAAUGGCUGGUGUUGUAGCGGUACUAAUCUUUGGCCAGAUUAAUUCAUGUGGUAUCUAUUGGUACAUACUUUAUAUCUUUGAUGGAUCAACUUGAGAUGUAUAGAUAGGGCUUAUGGGGUUCAAGGAAACAAUCUCUCUAUUAUUUUGGUACAUAGAAAUUCUCCUUAUUACUUUAGUUCGUAUUCUAUUGAUUACAUAUUACCCUUAUUCCUCAAAUAAAAUCUCCCUUUCCCAUGAAACCCUUUGAUCCCCAUUGAAUUCCGUCUUUCAUUUUUUUCCUUUGCUAAAGCAGACACAUGAUGAUUGCCUUUCUUACUCAACUACCCCAUUGAAUAAUCUUAUUAAUCUUUGAUUAUUUGCGAGUUGUGAUGUUUUUUAGUUGAUCCCUUUCUGACGACUCCUUCCACGAAUGGAUUCCAACAAGUGGCCAUCAGUUUUAUCUUAAACUUGUAAGUUCUACAAGCUCUUUUAAAUGAUUGAAGAACUGUGAGGUUUAGUCUUUAUGGAUUCUUAUUAGGUGUUUUCUCUAUUAUCAAUUAUGGAAUGUUUUAUCUAGAAUCUGGAUUGAGCUGGUAAAAGUAAGUUAUUAUUGUUGGGGCUUUGCUAUAUCAUAUUUUUUAAGCUAUGUUAUGGAGGGAAGUCUUGGCACUAUUUAAGCGAGUUUUAUUGGCAUCCUUGGAUGCAGAUUGGCAUAUGUAGUUUCUAUGUUUGAAUCUUGAAGAGCUUUAAAGAGAUUAGUGAAGGAGUGAUUGGAUGGCGGGCUUUCUGUGGAGUUGGUUAUGAGAAAUGAUAUUUUGAACUAACACAUGCAGUUUGUUUUCCCUAAAUUGUUGCACGUGAGCUUUUCACAGAAUUAGGCCUUUAGGUGUGGAAAGUAGAAGGCAGUUUUAUUAAUUGGUUUUUGGAAUUUUUUUGAAGAAAUUAUUUAGAGUUCUUUUAAGCUCAGUACUAGUUUGAUAUUUUAUCAUGACAUGAUGAAUGUCUGAGACAUGUUCAUCACUAAAUCAUGUCAUAGUCUUUUCUUGUACUAACUUUCCUUCCAUCGUUCUCGCCCUCUCUCUCUCUCCUUUUGUCUCUCUUUGAUCUGUUACUAUGCAAAACGGGUUGAGUGGUUUAGAUGUACUACUUGCUUCUUGUUUCUACCUCCGGAUCGAAGAAAUUGAAGUUAGGAUGAUGGGAAAGCAUCAGCAACUGGCUAGAGCAUCAGAACAGAUCAAGUGGCGUUAUCUUUCAGUUUUGAGCAGCAUGCUUAUAGAAGCCAAAUAGGUUAUGCUUUGGUUUCUCGGUUUCUGUCUUGAAAUUAAAGGAUAUUGAAGAGGAAGAGCCAUGAUACGUUCUUUGCAACUUCUUAAGCUUGUGAGAAACUUUAGUUAUUAAUGUCCAUUAAGAACAAAAAACAGUAAGAAGGCACUUAUGAAUAUUUGUGAAUAAGAGAGAAUAUCAAGUUUUGAAUUUCAAAUUGAGAAUCGGUAAUAAUGGAGUGGACUUGGAGAGAGCAAGCUAUUUUUGAUGAACUCUUUUUAAUCUAACAUGCUCCCUCCAAUUCACACCAAUUGUCCCAUUUGGUUUUUUACUCUUUAUCCAAUGUACUUAUUCAAUCCUAAAUAUCUUUAAUUUUUCUUAAUUACUGAUUAUAAAAAAUUGAUAUUAAUAAAAUUUAUAUAGAGACGAAUCAAAUAAGAUUUCACUUGACUAUAUUUUGAUAUCUAGAUUAAGAAUGAAAUACAAAUUAAGAGUGAUCAAUGAAUAGUGAUAAAAAAUCAAAUGAGACAAUUCCUCUAAAUUGGAGGGAGUAUAAUUUACCAAGUAAAAAUUACUAUCUUUGGUUCUUUUUGUUUAUCCACUUUUUUGUCAGAUAUGGAAUAGAGAUAAAGAUAUCAUGAAUGGGUGAGUGCAGAUGUAAUAGUAAGACCAAAGGUAAAAAAGGUGGGGGCAUGUUGGAGGUAAAUGUAUGCUAAAAGUGAAAAGGAGUGAACAAAUACAAAGAAAUAGAUGAAAAUGGAACGGUGUGCAAACAAAAAGAAAUGGCGGGAAUGGAUCUCAAAUGCUAAAAAGCUUGGAGCUUUAGUCCCCCAAAGUAUACUCGCAGUUGAGAAAUGAUCAAUGAUCUAAAGCAUGGACUUCUCAAUUUCUGUCUUAUAUGCUUGGAGGAGGAUUACCGGUUUUCCCUACGGUGCUUGCUGGGACUAGUAGAAAAGGGUUGUCUUGCUUAAGCCAUCUCUGCUCGAAGUUGGCCGUUUGGUUCGGUUAAAAGUGUUGAGCGAUCUAAAUUGCGAAUGACCUGCAAUUGGAAUUGAGCAAUCCAAGCUCGCAUAUCGAAGUCUGGGUCUUGGCUACACUGAUCUUUUCAUUGGUUUAGAUUAUUGUAUCUAAUUAUUUUAGCCCUAAUUUCCAUAAAAGUACUUUGAAACUAGUUUUUAUUAUAUAGACGGUCCAUUUAAAAGACCAUUUCUAA